AUUGUAUUUUUGUUCCUGUGUCAAAAAGACAAGCUAGCUGGUAACAGUCUACGGCAGCUAUCGAGCAAACUAACUUUAUCAGACGAAACAGACAACACAUUGGACUUUAAAACUUUUAGACGGCACGUUUCAUCUGAGAACAACCUCGGAUAGUAGUUUCCCAAAGGAAAGCUCUUGAGAGUAGUUAGAUAUUUUCAUUUCUCGGGAAGCCCGUCGUUAGCUUAGCCUGGUUUGGUAGCCACAGCAAACCGACCGACAUUACAAUCCGUUUCCGGUGGUUUCCGUCGGUUGUCGUUGUGGUGGAUCACCGGAUCGGUUGGGUAACGUUAGCAGUUAGCCAAGUUUUCUGAUUUAAGACAAAUUUGCUGGCUAUUAUAAAACCCCACACAACUGGAAAUGAAUUCAAACGUGGAGAACUUGCCGCCUCAAGUGUUGAGACUUGUGUAUAAAGAGGUUUCCGCCUUGGCAGCAGACCCUCCAGAGGGGAUCAAGAUCUACCCCAGUGAAGAGGACAUCACAGAGCUACACACUGCUAUUGAGGGCCCAGAAGGAACUCCGUAUGCGGGAGGGGUAUUCCGGAUGCGUUUGGUUCUUGGGAAGGAUUUUCCUGCUGCACCUCCCAGAGGCUAUUUCCUCACAAAGAUUUUCCAUCCUAAUGUUGGGCACAAGGGUGAGAUCUGUGUCAAUGUGCUGAAAAGAGACUGGAAGGCAGAGCUGGGCCUGAGACAUGUAUUGCUAACUAUCAAGUGCCUUCUGAUCCAUCCUAACCCAGAGUCUGCCUUGAACGAAGAGGCUGGGAAGUUACUUUUGGAGGACUAUAAGGAGUAUGCAUCCCGUGCUCACCUUCUAACAGAGAUCCAUGCUAUGGGAGGCACAUCAGGGGCCCCUCAAGAGCCUGCUGAUGGACCCCAACCCAAAAAGCAUGCAGGAGACCCAAACAAACGUGUAGUCGGUGCUGCUUUGGUAACAAAUGGGGUUGUCACCAACAAUUUAAGUAACAGCAGCUCCAGUGGCAAUACUAAUAUAGUUGCAAAGAAGAAAACUGAUAAAAAACGAGCUCUGAGGCGGCUAUAAAAGUGAAUGAGUCUGUGCUUUUUGUGUACAUAAUAUAAAUAUUGAAGUGUGCAGACCACCUUUUCUCCUUAAUCUGUCUUACCAUUUUUAGGAUAACACAUUCAUUUUGUCAUGCUCCUACCAGAUCACUCAUCUCCUUUUUGUUCCCUUGUCUCUUUCACCUUGUUCUCAGGACUUGAACUGUCUUUGUGACAGUUCUCUGUUUCAUUCACGUAAGGGGUUUUCAUCUGUGUUUCAGAAGUUUUACAAUUGGUUGGAGUAUGAAAACGGUAGUCAUUUUUUACAGUUCAUUUGUGGCCUCUAGAGUUAUCAUGACCAUAAGCAGGUUUGGUGUGUAAUGUCAGAACAGAAUUUGUGAUAUAUUUAGAUUACAGGUGUGAUGGGACAGUUACUGUAAUGCUGUCCCGUUGUAGUUGGACUGAACGCAGUAAGUUUUUGUUUUUUCGGGGGUUUAAUGAAGAAUAAUACACUGCACAGAAUAUGACCGUUGUGUGUUUGUGGUGAAAGAGAUGCAGCAUCAGGAAUAACAGAUGGGGAGUUAAAAUGUGGUCUAAACAUUAGUUAUAUAAUUAUUAGUUUUUUUUUUUUUUUUUUUUUUUUUUUUUAAAUGUGUAGUGGUAUUUUAAUUGUUUCCAGUUUUUACUAAAUUUGUCAGUUUAUUUCUAUUUUGUACUUCACUUUUCGAAAGGCCUAUUUUUGUUUUUUGUGUGUGCGUGUGAACCGCUAUAUUUCCCUGACAGUGAUGAUUGAGAUUGAGUCCUUAAAGCCUUUAGGCCAGUCAGGGUCGAGCAAAGGGGCUGAUAGUUAAUCAUGAAAUAUGAGCCAAAAGUGGUGUUCAGUUUCAUCUUUGAAAUGAAGUAGUUUGGUUAUACUUUUCAAUAAGAACAUUAAUCCCUUUUUAUAUGACCAUACAGCUGCAAUUUUCUCUGGCUCUACUGGUCUCUCAAUCAAAAGGCUGUUGAGGAAUCUUCUCUGGUAGGCUGUUGUUGCCCAUUGUUACAUUUUAUAUGGGGCCUUCAGUUCCCAAAGAUCCUCUUAACAAAGUGAUAUGAACUUUGGACAAGAUGUGUUUGGAGAAACAAUUUACCCAUAUUUAAAAGUUUGUGGAUGAACAAUAGGGUAUUUUGUGGCCAUUAUUUAAGUUAUUUAAAUUAAUAAGAAAUAAAGGAAUUUUAGGGAGCAAUUUGAUUCUAUCUUUUAUUUAUUAAAGAAAAACUGUAUUCGUCUAUA